ACAUAUAUAUAUAUUUACAUCCUUUUUGCAAUGUAUACGUGCCACUCUUGUCAAACGGAUGGGCAAAAGUGCAAAAUAAAUAGCUAUGGAUGGAAGUCAGUCGAAAGCAAGUGAGUCACAAUUUAUUUCGUUUCAAGACUUUCCUUCGAUAAAUCAUGAAGGAAACAUUGCCCAAGCUCAGUUGGACGUCAAUACCUCCAGUCAUCAAGGUUUUAAUAACCUCUCAAAUGAUCCUACAGGAAUCGGUAUCAUUGAAGAUUUACAAGGAAUGCCUAAUAAAAAUGAAGCUGUAUCGCACAGUUUCUGGACAAUAGAGUAUUACCAAAAAUUUUUCAAUGUAAAGACAAAUGACGUGGUGGAAAGAAUCAAAAGGUCCAUGUUUCCACAUAACACUGAUAAUUACUUGAUAUCUCAUAUCAGACCGAAUCCAGAUCUUUAUGGUCCAUUCUGGAUUUGUGUUACGCUAAUAUUUUCUAUAGCGAUUAGUGGAAAUCUGGCUAGUUAUUUGCAAACAGCUAAUUCCAGCAAAUACCAUUGGAGAUACGAGUUUCAUAUUGUAUCUUAUGCUGCCACAUGUAUAUUUUUGUACGCAUGGCUAUUACCUCUUAUGUUGUGGGGUGCAUUAAAGUGGACUACUAAUUCAAGGAACACAGAAGAAGAAUUAAUCGAGUCUUAUACAACACCUGGACUUUUGGAGCUUUUAUGCCUUUAUGGAUAUUCUUUAGCCAUCUAUAUCCCAGUAACUUUUUUAUGGACAAUUCAAAUCGAGUGGCUACAAUGGAGUUUAGUUGCAGUAGCAACUUUCUUAUCUGGAGGAGUAUUAUUGAGAUCAUUGUUACCUCUAAUAUCAGGAAGGUAUAGGAUAAUAUAUAUCGUAGUAGUCCUUGGGAUGCACCUUCUACUGGCAAUAGGAUUUAUGCGAUACUUCUUUCAUAUACCAUCAAAAUCAUUUCCUAUAGAAUAUGUAAAAACGACCACGCAAAUGGCAGUAAUUAAGAAUAGUUCACAUAAUACUUCUGGCUAAUAGUGUUUCCGUUUAUUCAGUCAUAAUGGAUUUAUACGCAUUUAUAAACGAACUGUUGGUAAACGCAUUUGUUCCGAUAGAUACUGAGUGAUGAAAUGUAAUGAUACGAUUCGCACAUAUUUGUUGACUGUUAAUUCUGUCUUCGUGCAAGUAGAUGUAAUAUUUAUACUAUACCUACGAACGAAAAAUAAAUGAAUAUAACUGAAA